AUGGUUGCAAAAAAGAGAGAAGCAAAAAUAAUUUCUACAAAGAACAUAAAUAAAAAUGCAAGAAAAGCAACUAAAGAAAAGCCAAUUAGAGAAAAACCAACUAGAGAAAAGCCAAAUAGAGAAAAAUCAACUAGAGAAAAAUCAACUAGAGAAAAACCAACUAAUAAAAAAACUACAAAAGGAAAGGGAGAUUCUUCAAAUAAGCAAAAGCUGAAACCCAAAAAAUUAAUCAAUAAAAAAGAAAAAGUCGAUAAGAUGACGAAAAAAGAAAAAUCUUCUGUACCAGAAAAUGUGAAAAAACCCACUACCAAGAAACCUAUAAAAAAGAAGAAAUGA